AUGUGUAUUAUGAUUAAAACGAAAGUAUUUCUCGUGUGUUUGCUCAUUGUAACAAUUAUUGAACACAGCAAUGGUGCAUUCCAAUGUUACAAGUGUAAUGAUUGUGGAUCGACUUGGAAUCCUAAUAAGGCUGUUAUGGUCUUCACUGAAGGCGGAAAUAAUUAUUGUACAAAACGAGUAGUGGGUACCUCAGUGACCAAGGAUUUCAGUGCAACAUGCACUACAGGCAGUGGUCUCCAUUGUUGUCAGAAUGAGUUGUGCAACUCAUCCAAUCCACAAUAUCAUAUUAACUUUGGUCUCCUCUUACUAUUAUCUAUGCUUGGCUUAAUUAUGCAAAAAUUUAACUGA